GUUAUCAAAUAGGAAAAUAUACUAUUCUUAAUGACGUUAUGCAAAGGAUAUUUAAAAAUCCUAUGUUGGUCCAAAAAAAAAAAAAAAAAAAGAAGUAUGGUCUUAAACAGCCAGUUGCCUGUGAAAUUACUCUGCAUUUGUCCAUAGGGUGGACGAAUAUGGGUAACUGAUUUAAUUUGACUGAGCUGAAAUGCUAAACCUGUUGAACCUGAAUGAAUGUGAUAACAGAUGAUUUACAGCACUGCAGAAAAAUAAAAGGUCACAAUACUUCAGGGAAAAUGAAAUGUCUGCAUGAACUAUCAGUCAAAAAUGACUUCAGAACUUGUUUAGGGUGGAUUUCACCCAUAUUAAUUUCUGAAAUUGUUGCAGACAUCUUGUGCAGUGUAAGCAAGGCUUGGCAUUACAACUGAGGGUUCUGUCUGAAAAUGCUUGUGCUGUAAUUUCAACAGACCUCUGAAUAUUCUCAGCGCUGUGUGAGAUUGAUACACUGGCUGAAUGUGGCUGGUUCGUUUAGAUUGUCUAUGUGUGCUAGCGUUCACCAGGGAGGCAGUCAGUCCAUGGUGAGCAUAUGUUCUGUUCAUUGCUUCUCCACAGCGUGUAACCAACUGAUGUCUUUGAAACAGACUGUAUAUUUAAUGCUUUCAUCCACAUUUUCCGGCUUACUCUUGAGUUCAGAGCUAUUAUAAUAACCUUUUGUUCAUGAGGCACUCUGAAUAGUUGAAAAAAUCAACAGCCCUUAAAUAGUUUGCUGAGUGUUUGUAGACUCUUAUCAGGAUGAGAUGAAGUGCUUAUGCUCUUGGGGUGUUUGAAGAGUCUCUUAUGUAAAGUGUGUUGCUGUGUUUUACAUUUUUAAUAUUAUUUUUAUGAUUUCCUGGAUUCAUGUAUGAAUCUGUGUCAAUUUGUUGUAGCUGUUGAGGGAGUGAAAAAAAAAAAGAAAAGACAAUUGUUUCUACAACCUGUCAGUGGUGGCCUGAAAAAAGUAAGCAAGCAAGUGAACCUCCCCUUUACACAUUUCAACAAAAUGUUCUCACUUCCCUGUGAACCACCCUACCAAGGCAAAAUGCAAUAACUGUCAGAGCUAGAACUGAGGAAAUAGCUUCAAAGUUUUUUUGAUUGAUUUUUUUUUUUUUUAAUACCCCGUUUUCUCUGAAUCUGAGGAGAGUUCAGCCAAAUCUGUCUGUUAGAGGACAGAUCAUAGACCCAAUUUCGGUCAUAACCCACUUUUAACAGAUGUGUAGUUAUUGUGCUUUGUCUUUGUAGGGCAGUGCAGUGUCAGUGGAUUUCUAUUCAGUUUGAAUAGUGUGGUUACAAAUAAUUACAUGCGCUAGCCAGUGAUUUGCAGCAGCAUACUUAAAGCCCUUAAGGUUUAUAAAUUCUCAAAUGAAGAAAAAAACAAAGAAACAUAAUGCACAAAAAGCCACGAAAUGGCAUUUUCUCCACUGGGACAUAAUGAAUGGGCCAACAUAUAACCGUUAUGAGUAUUUUCACACAUCUACAGUAUAGCAGUAGAUCCAAUGUUCCAGUCUUACCACAUUACUAGGGUCCACCUUCCCACUGCCAUGAGUGCAAGUUAUUGCCUGGGCCUUCAGAGGCUGUGCUUUAUGCCACAGUCCCUAAUCAUGUUUUUACCCUAUACACUAUCAGCACAGCUAAAUCGACAGGAGGCUGCCCUGCAAAUGCAAAAAGAGGACACAUCAAUACCUGGGCAAUUAGUGCAUCAAUACACUGCACUCCCAAUCUUAACAGAUACGGAGGAAUUGGAUUUCUGAUUGGAUUUCUAUGCAUUCUUGUGUUUAGCUAUUUUGUAUAACACUUAUUUACUUUCCUUUGGAUCAUGGUCACUUGCAAAUCCUGUAUUGAUUCUGGUUUGACUUAUGCUUCAUUCUAGAUGUUACAUGAAUGUUUUGCAUAAAAACAUACAGGGUCUUUAAAGACAGCAGCAUUAAGUGCCACAGCUCAACAAACUGUCCACUGUCCUUUAAAGGCGCAACAUCUUCUCACUUAGAAAAUAAUUAAACUCCAAAACCAUUCGGUGCUUAAAAAGGAGAGAAACCUGGAUCCAGGGGAAUACAGAUCAAAGCAGAUGCUAAAAUAGAGGAUAGUGAUUAAUGAGGAAGCCUAGCAGGUUGAAAAUCAAACAUGAGCAUUACAGUGUGUAAAUUAGCCUGAAACUUUUGAGCCUUGAUAGGACAGAUAUUUUUUCAUCUGUCUUGAGUAAAUCUGUACUGUGAGAUAAGGGCUGGCCUUCAGGUGCUCUGUGACCUGGGAGUGCAGCGUCUUAAUAUACCGGUGUUUCACAGAGGGGAAUCUUUCAGCCUACAUUCUGUGAUGCUGAAUGGUUCCUUUGCUGUGUUAGCAGUCUUCUUCGUACCUUUUGUCUCAUCAGCACUUUGCAUUGAGAAACUGCCUAUUUUACGUUAUGGGCCAAUCAAAUGAGUGUAACCUUCAUUAAAGGGAAGUCAUCCAAAAUAAUAGCCCCAUCACUGGCUGUGAAUAUGUAUAGGAUUAAGGUUAUGUUGAGGAAAUGCAUUAUAAACUGCAUAUAAGAUGGUUUAAUUUAUGUUGUAAAUAGUACAAAGCUUGCUGAGCUGUUGUUUUGAGCCUAACAGUAAACCAUACCUUCUUAUUAAAAAGCCCAUUAAGAAGUGUCUUAUUACGUGUUCUAAAUCAUUAAUUUUCAAAAGCAGCUUAGCUUGGACAGGCACUCAAAAGGGUGCUAAUUAACAUUUUCCUGUGUGGUAUUAAUAGGGAUGAUUUAACUUCCAGAUUUAAGCAAAGAAGCAUUGUUGUAACAGUAAUGCUACUAAAUCAUUGGCUGAAGUUGAAAACAUUAACAUGGUUUCAAACACCUUUGUGAACGACAUUUUUACAGUAGGCCUUCUUUUCCAUUCUUUACAUACAAGUAAUUGUCUGCUCAAAAAUGAGGAUGAUAAAUAAUGUAAGAUAAUGAGAGAGGAGGCUUUUAGUGGUGUCGGGGGAAGAGGCAUUUUCCGGAGAGCUUUUACAACUCUUAGCCUUGGAUUUAGUGCUCACAAUGUGUACACAAAACAGUGUGUGUGAAUUCUUUUUCACCCUUGCCUAGUCCAUCAACAGUAAAACUGAGGUGUUACCUCUCCGAGGGCCCAUGGAUCUCCCUGUGGUGUUGUUUCUGCUGUGGGGACUGUUACUGGACUUGCUGAGUGGUGCGGUGGGAGGCAUUCUAUACCGCGUACAUGAGGAACAGCCUCCAAGCACACUGAUUGGCAGCCUGGCGGCUGACCAGGGGCUACCAGACACUGGACACCUGUACAAACUGGAGGUGGGCGCUCCCUAUCUGCGGGUGGAUGGCAAAACUGGAGAUAUCUUUACCACUGAGAUCCCCAUAGACAGAGAGACACUGAAGGAUUGUCGUAAUAAAGGCAAGCCCUGCUUCCUGGAGUUUGAGGUAUCCGUCACAGACCUUAUUCAAAAUCAGAGUCCACGGCUGAUAGAGGGAAGGAUCGAGGUGCAGGAUAUCAAUGAUAAUACACCACAAUUCCCCUCACCUGUCCUUACCCUCUCAGUUCCAGAGAACACCCACAUGGGGUCACUCUUUUCAAUUCCACUGGCCACUGACAAAGAUACAGAGAGGAAUGGAGUAGCUGACUACACCUUAACGGCAGGACCAGAGGCUGUAGCACUCUUUGGUCUGCAAGUUGCAGAGGACCGAGGUGAAAAAUUGCCUCAACUCAUUGUGUUGGGAAGUCUUGAUCGAGAGCUGAAAGACUCCUAUGACCUCACCAUCAAAGCUGUGGAUGGAGGCAAUCCACCUCGCUACAGCAGUGCCUUGCUGAGGGUUGUCAUUGCUGAUGCCAACGACAAUGCACCCACGUUUGAAAAAUCUUCCUACGAAGCAGAGGUUGCAGAGAACAGCCCAAUCGGACAUUCUGUGUUACAGGUGAAGGCUAAUGAUUCAGACAUGGGUCCUAAUGGCGAGAUUGAAUACACAUUACAUCAGGCCAUUGAUCCUGUGCCAAAACUGCUCCGGAUAGACCGCUCAUCAGGCAUCAUAUAUGUCAAAGGCCCAUUGGAUCGUGAGGAAAUCAACAAUUUGAAAUUUUAUGUCGUUGCACGAGAUAAAGGCCCCUCACCCAAAAGUUCUAAAACGUAUGUUUCUAUUGAUGUGACGGACCAGAAUGACAAUGCACCAGCAGUGGAGAUUCGAGGCAUUGGUCUUGUGACUCAUAGUGAUGGGGUAGCAAACAUUUCAGAGGAUAUGCCAGUUGGCACUGCAGUGGCAUUGGUACAGGUUUCAGACAAGGAUGAGGGAGAGAAUGCCGUGGUGACCUGUGUGGUUGCAGGUGAUGUUCCUUUCCAGCUUCGGCCAGCCAGUGAUUCAUCAGUUGACAACAAGAGGAAGUACUUUCUGCAGACGACAACACCUCUGGACUAUGAAAGAGUUAGGGACUACCGGGUGGAGAUAGUGGCAGUGGAUUCAGGCAAUCCAGCUCUGUCCAGCACUAACUCGCUAAAAGUCCAAGUGACUGACACAAAUGACAAUUCCCCCAUUUUCUCACCAACCCUGUUUGAAGUGGAGUUUGCUGAGGAGAACCAACCAGGAGAAAAGGUGGUAGAUGUAGUUGCCUCAGAUGCAGACAGUGGCACUAAUGCAGAGCUUGUCUACAGCAUUAUUGCAGACUCUUCAACAAGGGGGCUUUUUGAGAUUGACCCCAGCUCAGGCGAAGUACGUGCUCGAAGCCCUCUUGAUCGUGAGCACAAGGAGCGCUAUGAGUUCCGUGUUACUGCAGCUGAUAAAGGGGUUCCCAGUCACAGGGGUACUGCCACAGUUGUAAUCAAAGUACUUGAUCGGAAUGACAACGAUCCUAAGUUCAUGCUGAGUGGCUACAGCUUCUCAGUCUUGGAGAACAUGCCACCUCUUAGCCCUGUUGGCAUGGUAACCGUACAGGACAUGGAUGAGGGCGAGAAUGCUCAAGUUCAACUUUCUGUGGAACCGGAUGUGGGUAAAUUUGUGAUCCAGAAUGGUACUGGCACUAUUCUAUCCAGUAUCUCAUUUGACAGAGAGAAGGAGAGCAGUUACACAUUCCGGUUGAAAGCUGUAGAUGGAGGGGACCCACCCAGGUCAUCCUACGUUGGAGUGACAAUCAAUGUCCUCGAUGAGAAUGAUAAUGCACCUGUUGUCACCAAACCAUCUAACUCAUCCUUUAUGCGUCUGUCUCCCAUGGCUGCUCCAGACAGUGUUGUGGAAGUGGUUGAAGCAGAGGACAUUGAUUCUGGUUCCAAUGCUGAACUAGUAUACAGCAUUGCUGGGGGAAAUCCACAUGACCUUUUUUACAUCUCUCCAUCUAAUGGCGAGAUCACACUUACCAAGGAACUAACUCGAAAACAUAGUGGUCUGCAUCGACUGGUGGUAAAAGUGAGUGACAGGGGCAAACCAACCCGUCAUGCUAUUGCCUUGGUACACAUUUACGUAAAUGAAACCAUUGCUAAUGUAAGUCAUGUGGAAGCACUUGUGGGGCAUAGCUUGUACACCCCGCUGGAUAUGGACAUUGCAGGAGACCCAGAUUAUGGUUUGGCUGCCCAGAGGAGCAACAUUGUAUAUGGCAGUUUAGCUGGAGUGGCGGGAGUGGUCACUGUGAUUGUUGUGGUGGUCUUCAUCAGGCAUCGCCUUCAAAGAGAAGCUAAGAGUGGUUAUCAGGCUGGCAAGAAGGAGACCAAAGAUUUGUAUGCCCCCAAGCAAGGGCCAAAAAGUGGCAAGGGGAGAAAGGGUAAAAAAGGUAAGCCACCAAAGUCACCUAAACCUCUUGGAGAGGAUGAGGAAGUCAGCCUUCAAAAGAGUCUGAAAUUUAACCUUGAUGGGGUCAACGACAGCCCCAGGAUCCAUUUGCCUCUGACAUAUCCGCCUGGAAGCCCUGACCUAGGCAGGCACUACCGUUCCAAUUCCCCAUUGCCCUCCAUCCAGCUCCAGGCCCAGUCCCCAUCUGCCUCCCAAAAGCAUCAGGCUGUCCAGGAGCUCCCUGCUGCCAACACCUUUGUGGGAACAGGCGGUGAUGACAACUCCACCGGCUCAGACCAGUACUCGGAUUACAGCUACAAGACCAAUCAACCAAAAUACAGCACAAAAACGCUCCCGCAUCGCAGAGUGACGUUCUCCACAGCCAAUCCUGUGCAAGAUCAGCAGGACUCCUCUCAGCAAAGUUACUAUGACAGUGGCUUGGAGGAGUCCGAGACCCCCAGCAGCAAGAGCUCUUCGGGACCCCGUAUCGGCCCCCUCGCCCUGCCCGAGGACCACUACGAACGGACCACCCCUGAUGGCAGCAUCGGAGAGAUGGAACACCCAGAAACUGAUAUUCGCUCAUUGCCUGAUGUUGCCAUGACGGGAAACUGCAGCCAGGAGUGCAGCGAGCUUGGUCAUUCAGAUGCCUGUUGGAUGCCCGGUCAGCCUUCGCCCGUCCGCAAGACCCGCAACCCCCCUAAACUGUCCACGUUUGUGCCUUAUCAGGAGAGGGGGAGCCUGGGACGCCUGGCCAAUGGGAGCGUGAGGCUGGGAGGAGAGGAGAACAGGCCACGCCUCCCACCUUCCCGUAGUGCCUACUCCAGUAGUGACCACACCCCCAGUGACCACGCCCCACUAGAGGAGGUGCCUCUAAGCGUGACAUCAGAGUUCCCGCCUACCAGCCCCCCUUCCAAUCACGCCUCAAAAAGAGAGAUAUACCUGUGAGAUAACCACACCCACCAUCUUUGAUUGACACACAUCAGAAGUUACAGAGACACGGUUGCGAAAAGAGAACAUCGAAUCUGCGACAAGAUAAAAUAUCAUUUGAAUAGUGGCAAAAUACACUAUUGUCAUCAGAGUAGAUUUAUUUAUUUUAUUUAUUUAUUCAUUCAUUCGUUCAUACAUCUAUUUAUUAUCACUUUUAACACGUUAUUUCUUUGAAACUAUUUGUAUACCAUCAAAAACAACCGAUAAAUUCUUUCAUGUGACUAACCGACUUUUAGCUUCACUAGCCUACAGAAUGUUCAUGGGUUCUUUUACUAGAUUACCAAGUGCUGUAGUGGGCAGGAGAUACUGCUGUAAAAGGGUCUUGAGCCACACACAGAGUGUCUAACACUCUUAACUUGAUCCUGUCCUCAGAGGAGAGCAGUCUUUAUACAUGUAAAACGCUGUAAAUACAUUUGUAUGGUGUAUAUAUGAAUAUUACUAUCCGGCUUGAGUUGAAAAAUAGUAAAAAAAUAAAUAAAAAAAAAAUAAGGUCAAAAGUUACAUCUAAAUCAGCCUGAACACCUGAAGUGUGUGUUGGUACUGCUGCUUUUGAGGGUCUGAACUUUUGUAAUGGCCAGAUGGGAACGUAACUAGACGAGCUGGAGUGAAGGUGGAAGAUUUCCUGACGGUGCUCCGUGACCCUCGCUGUGCCCGUCUAGGGCCCAGAUCCUCACCUGCUGUGCUCUAUGUCCAUGUGCACACUGAAACCGGUGUAUAGUUUGUGUGUAGGUGUGCGUUUGGCGAGGGAGGGCGGUGGGUUUAACAGCGAUUAACUCGCUAUGACAGACCUUAACAUAUGCCGGUGUGUGCGUUUGUGCGUCAGGGGACCUACUGUCACGAAAAGUAACACAUGUGGCUUCUGGCACAUUAACACGCUAUUCAACAGAUGAGAAUGUGCGUGCAUACUUUUGUGUCAUGUGGCAGAACUUGUGUUUUUUGGCACUGUGAAUCUCUCCUGAACUCCCACGGUGUAGUGCAAACGCUGCCUGGCACUCGCAAAGACGCCUACGGCUCACACAGCACAGCCUCAGUGAGGAGGAGACCACCUGCCUACCCUCAAAUUAUCAGAAUAGUUUCGUCCACAGACGCGCCUCAUCUCCAUCAAAUGUUUUUUGCCACAACCAUAUUCACAGUCCUGUUUUCUUGGUUUACAUCGUUUUUACGGUUUUAAAUGACAUCUUUGGGUCCUAUUUAGACUUUGUUUGAAGAACAAAUGUAUUAAUGCCUUAAAACAGUUGUAUAUAACAAUCACAAUGGACAAAUUAGACUGAUAAUCCUGUCUUGUCUUUCGCAUGUCAAUUGUGCAUGUUUUUCUUUUCCACGAUCAAAAAAUGACAAAUGUUACAAACGAUCACAUCACCAUAUUUUGCCUAUUUUCCACCACUUUUUUACAUAAAUGUUCUGUCCUCCAUCAAUAUUUCUUCGGGUUGGUUGCUUUGUUUUCUUUUUUCUUUGACACUGUGCUGACUAUCUAACCUUCUCUAAAGCUGUGUCUCCCGCCAUGUUUGAGAGAAUCUCUGGGGGACCAUUUUGACAAUGACUAUCUAGUGUGCUCAAGGACCAUAUAUCUGAUGGACAUUAUCAUUACUACUGCAUCACCUCGAUAUCUCUACUUUUCCCGCACCUGCUGCAGCACAGUACCUGCCCAGAUCCCGGUGCUUGGGCGAGCGCGUGUGUCUGCCGGGGGGUUGACGAGGUGUUCUGCAAUGGGCAUUUCCUUAAUUAGGGUGAGUAAUGAGUGUGGUGCAGUUGGCAUAUGCGAAUACUCCAGCCCCCAAAGGAAGCACAGAUUACGGAAAAGAUCCCAGUCCGAACGCUUCAAUUGUUUAGCGAGUCGCAUUUUUCACUGCACUUACCUCACCGAAUCGCGACUGCCUUCAGCACCUCUCGCCGAAUAAUUAAGGCUGAAACGUAUGGAAAUUACUGGACGUAGCCAUGAUUAAAGAAGGCGAAUGAUUAUCCCACCCUAAGGAAAGAAAGCACAUUAUGCUGUUUUCGAAGCCAUUUAGUGACUCUGAUAGGGGGGGAAAAAAUCCAGCGAGAGUCAUGAUCUAGUGUAAUUAGCCCAGCUCGCUUUCCCUCCUCUCCACUGCAACCACGCUCUGCCCAGGCGAACGUGUGAGAUCGCUGACCUGGACUUAACACGGCUAAAAGAUAGAGAUGACCACAAAACUCUACCACCACUUAAAGGCUUUCAUCUAUUCAAACUCUGAGUGAAGCAGGCUUUGACCUUCCUCCACUCUGAUGCCAGCCUGAGUCAGAUAGUCUGAAUUGCAGGUUUCGACUCCUCUGGCUUCAUCUCAGCUGUUUUAUUCCUAGUAAUUCUAAGGCUAGUCUCCUAGAGUCCUUGUGGCCAAAAUGCCAGAGGACUGACGGAGGAAUGUCCACUUCUCGUGGUUGUUUUUUAAACUGGUGUUUAGAUUUGUGCUCUUUCGCUGUUAGAUGUCUGGAUGUGACGAGACGACCGUAACGAACGAGGGAGUCUUUUCUUCGUCCUUAGAGCGAGACUUUUCUUCAUAGAAUAACGAAAACUGGUGUUUGUGGUAAACAUCUCUUAAAAUGCGUUCUGUACAUAGCUCUCCACAUCCCCCGUGCGUGGUGUCAAGCAGGCGACGAGUUGAGCAUGAAUUCCAAAGAUAAUUGGUAGAAACCGUUUACUGUUCUUGCUGAAAUGUUAGUGCCGGUUCAAAAACCUUUUCUUGAGAACAAAAGCAACGUUCACUGCACAAAACUCAUCUUCACCGUUCACCCCAAACUGAAGACAGCUGCCUUGAAAGUAUGUCUUUUGCAGGAGAGUUCAAAACUUGUUAUCCUUAAUUGUUGGUUAUAUUUAUAUAGGAAUAAAAAUGCUUGUGAUGAUCUGUUUUUGUACAGUUUUAUGUACAUGCAAGUGAAGCUUUUUAAAUCUUACAACAAAAGCCGAUGGCAUAUAAAAAUCGUAAAGUGUUUAUUGAGAUGUGCACAUCUUGCCUUGGAUGGAUCGAUCUUUUUUGCAGAGUCAGUGUGAAUGUGGCCGUCGUAUGCCUGCACCGUAGUCAUUCACUGGCUCCUGUCACAGAGGGCUUUAUCAGAUUUUAUGUUUAUUGUGAACAGUGGAUUGUCCGAUCCGACUUGUUUGUUUGAUUCCCAUGUGUUUUGUUUCGUUCUGUUUCCGCAUGUUGAAAACAAACCCCUUGUAAUAAGUCCUUGCAAAGUUUGUAAUAAAAUGAGUGAAGAAAAAAAUCAACAAAGAAAUACAUUUGCUUGGUGAGUCAUUGUUUAAGAAUGAAUCUAGGGACUGUGAUCUCUCCAUAAAGCUUUUUCAUUAAUAAAGCAAAUUGAUCUGA